CAUCCCCAUGCUUUCCCCCAUCUUGUGGCUUAUUCUUCAACUCACGAAGUGAGCAGUUGACACUGCAUCUUCGCCCAUCCGUCUACCUUCAAACCCCAUUCCAACUGAAACCAUGAGCAACGAUCAGCCACAGUCUCCCCGCCACUGGCACGGAGACCCCGGGAACCGUCACGAGCAUCUCAACGUCUGGGUCCGCGGUGGUCCGUCCUCGCCCUACUUCCGCCGUCCUUCGGUGCCAGGCGGAUCGGUGUACACCACCGCGACCGGACCGGAGAUGACUACCGAUAGACGCGGCUCAAACUCCUCUGAUAUGUCUUCCAACUCCAACAACAUGGCCAGCAGUCCGCCUCGGGCCCCGGACAGGAGACGCUCCAGUGGCCAAAACUCCUCCUUGUUCGAUGGCCUGACCAGCCAGAAGCGGAACUCGGCCGACCCCAACUUUGCAUCGCGCCGUGAGAGCUAUACCGAGCAGGCCCAGACAGGUGGGAUGUUUGCCCGGUGGUGGGAUGGAUACACCCGGGGAUCUAACCAGGGAAAGUAAACCACGGGAGGUCUAUGUUUGGUAGUAGUAGUCAUGAUCUUCUGUAUCUGUUGUCACGUUUAUUUUCUGUUUAUGACCUGAGAUAGCAUGGCGCGAGAGAAAAAGAAACAUUCAAAUGUCCCCGUUGUGUGUAUGGGAGCACAACAUGUUGACGGGCUGGGCCGAUAUCAUUAUGUCAAAUAUGCAUCGCAGUCAUAUAGUCUUCUCAUGAAAUUAGUGUUG